UGUCAGUCUGAACUUAGCCUCCAGCCAGAUUACUACCGAUCGAGCGAUUCUUUCCAAUCAGAGUCACUAGACGUGGGCUAAAUCCUGCUGGAACGGACGGGAUCGACCCGGUCUGCCGUCAUGUAUCCCCAUUUCUCGAAAAAGUUCGUCUCACCCAUGGCAAAUCGCCCGGGAGCACCAGGACCUUCCACCACAGCUCGAUCGCCCUACUUUACCCCGACGAGACCGUCGGUCACUUCAGCUAGAUCUCGAAGACCGAUAGACGACUGCGUGCCGGAUAGUGAUGAGGAUGAUGAACAAGCGCCGGCUUCUAUCAAACCUGACGAACUCGACGAUCUUUCUGUGCCUGAACCCGUAAGAGUGGUGAAGACGAGUAUGAACAGCUUGUUACCCGGCGGGAAAUCAUACGGGUCGUCCAUGGCUGGGCCCUCGAAACCUCUCCAGACGACGAGUAGGGCAAACGAUUCUGACGAGAGCUACUGGAUGGUGCAAUGGCGGAAACCACAAGCGAAAACGUGGGACGGCGAUGGAGUACUGGUGAUCAGGGGCAACAAGUGUUACAUGAAGGAUAUGGACGGGAAAGAUAUCGCGUCAGCUAGUUAUACUGCAGGAAGACUGAGUUCAGGUGUCGAACUGAGAGUAGGAGGCAAAGAAGUGGAAGUGGAUCACGAAAUUCCGGCGCAACAAUACCUCGAUGGCACAUGUUUCGGUUACGGUGCCGCUCCGCCACCCGCUCCACCCGUCCGCACAUUAGGCAAACCGCCGAAACCCAUCUUCAAGCAGCCUAUCCCGGCGUCCAGCUUUUUCGCAGAUCCGAAAAAGAGCGCGCAUCUUAUUCAGAAACCGAAAGUUGGCGAGCCAAAGUUUGAUCCGACUGCUGAAGGCGCGCUGGUAAUGCGACGUCCGUCGAGGGAUCAUGCGGCAAAGUACAACAAAUCGAAUGCCAGUAUCGUAGAUGUGGUGGUGGAUCCACAGCUGAGUUCUCUACUCCGUCCGCAUCAGCGAGACGGAAUAAAGUUCAUGUACGAAUGCAUUAUGGGAAUGAAGAAGAUGGAGGGAACCGGCUGUAUCUUGGCAGACGAGAUGGGUCUGGGGAAGACCCUGCAGACGAUCAGUCUCAUCUAUACCUUGUUACAGCAAAAUCCUUAUGGAGGCCCUUCGGCAGGCGGAGUUGUCGGAAAAGUACUGGUCGUCAGUCCAGUAUCCCUCGUGCAGAAUUGGAAGAAGGAAUUCCACAAAUGGCUGGGAAGACAUAGGAUCGGAGUUUUCGUCGGCGAUGGAGACAAGAACAAGAUCCGCCAAUUUGCGAACAGCAAGGGGCAUCAAGUUCUGCUGAUUGGUUACGAGAAGCUCCGAACAGUAAUUGAUUCCAUCAAGACUUGUGUGCCUCCGAUCGGCUUGAUCGUAUGCGACGAGGGUCACCGGUUGAAAUCGAAGGAUAACAAGACGACCAAGAUGUUUGACAGCCUCAGCACAAAGCGCAGGAUUAUCUUGUCCGGUACCCCUCUACAGAACGAUCUCCAGGAGUAUUGGUCGAUGGCCGACUUCGCCUGCCCUGGGCUGCUCGACACAUACUCCGCUUUCAGCAAGAUUUACGAAAAACCGAUCCUCAAAUCCAGAGCUCCGAGGUGUUCGGCGAAAGAUCAACAAUUGGGUCAAGCUAGAGCUGAGAAGCUGGGGGAAAUCACACGCGAGUUCGUCUUGCGAAGGACCGCAGACAUCCUGUCAAACUAUCUUCCCCCGAAGCAUGAAUACGUGGUCUAUGUGGCUCCAUCGUCAUUGCAACUCCAGAUCCUCAACAAGAUUCUCACGCCAAAAUUAUUGCAAACAUUCACACGUGGAGCAACAGCGCAAUGUCUAGCCCUUAUCACAAUCCUGAGGAAGAUAUGCAAUUCACCAGCGCUACUAAAAGACAGGGAAGAUGGGGAGCGAGAGCUAGAAGCUGAUCUCAAGGAAGCUAUCCAGCUCAUCCCGUAUCGUGCUUCACUGCAUGAUACCUCGCUGAGUGGGAAAAUGAUGGCGCUCGAACGACUUCUAGCCUCACUCUACAGAAACAGCGACGAGAAAAUCGUACUCGUCAGCAAUUUUACGAGUACGCUGGAUAUGCUCGAGGAGCAUUGCACGAAGUUGCGUUACAACUCCCUCCGACUGGAUGGGAAGACAGCGCAGAAGAAUCGUCAAGAUCUCGUCGACUCGUUCAAUAGAGGCUCCCAGCAGCAAUCUUUCGUCUUCCUGCUCAGCAGCAAAGCGGGAGGCGUGGGUCUGAACUUGAUUGGCGGGUCAAGACUGGUGCUUUUUGACAGUGAUUGGAAUCCGAGUACCGAUCUACAAGCUCAAGCUCGUAUACAUCGCGACGGGCAAAAGCGCCCAGUUCAUAUCUAUCGGUUCUUGACUACCGGUACAAUUGAGGAGAAAAUUUAUCAGCGUCAAGUCACGAAGACCGGCCUAUCCGACCAGCUUAUUGAUCAGGCCCAGAACACGAAAGGGAACUCCGAUGCCUUCACCGCGGCAGAGUUGAAGGAUCUGUUCACCGUACAGACGAGAACUAACGGAUGUUUGACUCAUGAUCUCCUGGAAUGCGAAUGUCUGCAAGAGCAAGUCCGCAAAUACAAUUUGGACGAGGAUUCCAAGGUCCCCUCGGAAGCUAGUGACGAUGACGAGGACUUGCCUGAUCUCAGGGACCUGAGCGCGAAGAAGGAUACGGAUGUAGGGAACGACAGCGGUAGCGUGAGCGAUGAAGAGGAAGAGCCAGCGUUCGUGGCUGCUUCCCAGUAUGAGGGUAAACCGUCGAAGAAGCAAGCAUUCAAAGAGGCCAAAGACAAGCAGGCGAAACUAGCGGCGUUACACAAAUGGACCCACAUCGACCCAGAGAUACCGGAAUCGGUCAACCUGCUUCGGGAUGACCUGCUCUCUGGGCUCAUCGAAAAAUCCAGAUCGGCUCGCGGAAAAAAGAUGCCGUCAUCGUCGGCACCGCCUCUGUUUCAGGAUGAGAACAUCUCUGAUUCGGAUGACGAGGCAGAUGUUUCGGUCGACACAAACAAAGUUGCAAGCACGGUAGGAUCGGAUGAUGACGAGGUUGAAGAGAUGGCGUCCGGGAAGUCUAGUCCAUCCAGAUUGGGUGCCAGCAAGAAGCGAGCGCCGGUGGCCUCGUCGCCUGAUUGGGAUGUAGGAGAGGACAGCGACGCGAAUGAGGAGUCCGAAAGGCAUGUCAAGAAGAAACGAAAGACCACUCAAAUGGGCAAAGGCAAGAGUGCCCGAGGGCAACGUCGCGCCAAGGCGGAUACGGACGAGACCUCACCCUUCAGCCUGGAGAUGCCUAGCGCCAAAUACGAUCUCAAUGCCAUGGAAGGGGGACGCAUCACAUUCCUGUUUGAAAAGAUUUCGGGAAGUAAACUGUAGCAAUAGAAGUGCAUAUGUUAUCCGUGUAAUUCUUUCCAAACCCACAAAGCACGAGAAACUAGAGAAACUAUCUGUAUCAUGCAGCGUAUUUAUUACAACCGGAUGUCGACCA